GGACAAGCUUUGGACUCUGAACACCUAUCAGAGUUUACUGAAGAUGAAAGUGAUAACCAUUCAGGUACCCAAGCAAGAGGAUUCUUAAAGCUGGACUUACUUUACAUUCGGCCUUUCCUCAUACGACGGGUCACUCAUCAAGAGGUUCGUUCACAUGCGUUUGAUCUGAAGAAGCAGUGCUAUCAGUCAAUUAAUGUCCAGGCUUCUGAGUCAGAAGAAGAGGUCUUUACAUCUCGAUAAGAUAACAGUGUUAUUUAGUUUUGAAUGUAUUGUUGUAAUAAUAAGUUUUGACUUCUGUAAAUUUUAUGUAUAAAAGGCUUAAUCUUUUUAAUUAUAGUUGUAUCACAUGAGGCCCCUGAAACUAUGUAAUAUAGGUAACAUACAACAUGAACUGUAUUUUUUGUGUAUAAGACACACAGUAGGAUAUUGCCAGUAUCUUUUAAUUGGUGUCUGAAAAAUGCUAUUAUCAAUGAAAACAUUACAUGCAUGAAAUUAAAAUAUAUGAGUAAAGGAU